CCAAUCAUUCGCACUAAUCGCACUUCGCAGUUCGCAGUCACUACUCACUACUCACAAUUAAAUGUCAACAUUAUUCAUCAUUUAAUAACAUUUAAUAUUUAUAUAUAUCGUACUCUAGGGCUUAUUUUUAUGCAGUAAGGCAGUAAAUCAGUUUUUAGUCCACCUACUCCACCUCAAAUAUUAUAAACGAGUGUGACUAUAAGCAUAAUAUUGUUCUAUGAUAAUGCUGUAAUAGAUAGUUUACCACUGUAAAGGUAAACUGUAGUAUUUACAUUAUACAAUUUAGCCAUGAGCCAAGCUGUCCAAGCUAAACAAGCGGAUCGUUUGAAGAAACUAAGAGACCUCCACAUCAAAAGAAAUGAAGCAAGAGUGAACAACCAUCAAGAAGUUGUUGAAGAAGACAAACAAAUGAAGUUGCCAUCAAACUGGGAAGCAAGGCAAAGAAAAGCAGAAUGGCUUUUAAAUGACGAUAAACUAAGGCAAGAGGCUAAAGAAAAAGGACAAGAUUACAACCGUUUAAAACUUUUAAACAUGACCGCAAUGGAAGCAGAUGCUAUUGACAGAAAGAAAAAACGCCAAAACCCUGAUCCUGGUUUCUCUGAUUACGAAGAGGCUACAGCUCGUCAAUACAAUAGAAUGAUAUCCAACAUGAAAGUAGAUAUGGACGCCUAUCAAAGACAAAAAGAUAAACUGGGCAAAGCAUUCUAUGCAGAGGCCAAUACUUAUUUGCAUGAUAAAGUUAAAGAUUCAAAAGAAGGAAUCGACAAGAUGGUCGAUGAUUUAGAAAAACAAAUUGCGAAACGUAACAAGUUUAGUAGGAGAAGAACACAUAAUGAUGAAGCAGACAUUGAUUAUAUCAAUGAAAGAAAUAUGAAAUUCAAUGCAAAAUUGGAACGGUACUAUGGAGAGCAUACUACACAAAUCAAACAAAAUUUGGAAAGAGGAACUGCUAUUUAAAUUUAAAACACAACAACCACAUAAUUAUAUAUAUAUAUUUCAAACAUAAGUUUUUUUAUUAUAUAUAUUUAAAUAAAAAUGUAAUAACUAA